AUGGCAACACCAUUACCGCUGGAAGGCGAUGGCUUGGUAGAAAAUCUUUUUCAUUACCUGUGGACGACUGACGAUCUCGGGGGUGGGCCACGAGUGAGCGUGCCGCCUACGGUGAUUUAUCGUGGCUCGCAGCCUGUUGCUUGGUACUUCACGAGUCGCAAGAGCGGUCGUAUCAAGCGCAAACACCGAGCGAACCUCACGGCUGCACACAUCGAGCACUCCUUUACGAAGCGGAAGGCGUCGACGGACAUCGUGGCGUAUUACCUCUACCUGCCGAGCGCAGAGAGCACAAGUCCUGCAAUUGAAUACUACGACGCUGAAGCGCUUCGAGAGUUUUUGUUCAAAAGACCCGAGAUCCCUCACUCGUCCACUGGAGCAUUUCAAUCGGGAGGAAUCCUUCAACAGUUCGCUCUGCCAAAACGGUCUCGGAAUUCGACUUUGCGAGCGAUUUGGUCGCCCAAACUCUGUCUACUGGAGCGUCGCGUGAAUAUUCAUGCAGUCCACGACGCUCGCUUCAGUGUUUAUGAACGUGGCGUCACGUUCGAAGAGGGCGGUGGCGCCGAGGCGCUCACUCGACCGGAACCAGUGCGAGGCUCGAUGUUACCUGGCAUGGUUCAGCAGCUCUGCGAACGAGUGGUCGAUCAUGUCACGCGCGUGUCGUAUCACAAGUUCCGCAUCGCUAGAAUGGUGCUACGUCUUCAAGUAGAUGCUGACGACCGACUGUGGUUAUUGUGGAGUUCUUCACUGCGCUUACAGCCGCCACUAGCUCCGACUACUACGGUAGGACCUGAAAUCUCAACUGGCGAGCCUAGUAUACGACCACUGGACAUCGUAAGCGAUGCCAAAGUCCCGACCUUUGCCUUUGCGCAAGGCUCCGGGGGCGGACCAGUUUCCUUGAGCUCAACUUGUGGCCCCGAGGUAGACGAAGAGCCUCGUCCAGGACAAACGCGUUGUGCUAGCUGCGCCCAGGUGGUAGCUAAACGCGCUCUGCUGCCUACGACCUAUAAAGCGGUGCUAGCACAUUUCCAGCACGUGCUGAGGUUUCUUCGGGAGAAGGUGAACGAAGAGAACCAAGUUGCAAUAGAAUGGCCACCUGAUGAUCGAGUUGUGCAACAAGCUGGAGGUGUAGGAUUCGGUAUCCUGCGGCACCUAAAGUCAAUAAGUUCCAGUGUUGACGACAGCGGUGCACCGAAAGCUGGCUCGGGUUUAAAGACGUGGCAACGGCGAGAGCUGCUCAUACCUCCCGUGAUCCGCUACUUACACCCCGUGCUUCGCCCCGAGGAUUUCGCUCGCCACCGACAAGACCCGAUAUUUCUCCACAAAACCGUGGGGGUCUGCGAACGGUGUUGUCUUGUAUACGCCGACUAUGCCACCGCAUCACUUGAAGCCAACGCACUCGGGAUAAGGAGUAGUGCUAGCGCUCCAGCACUCUUGCGUCCAGUUCGUGAGAAGCCCAAACACGCGGAGUUUUUCGACGAUGAGGCACCGGAUUCACUCUUGCUAACCACAGCAAACUCAAGAAGCCCAUUGGGUCGAGGAGUGCGCACGGUGACAAGCAAAACAAAGCCUCCAGCCUCCGCGUGGAAACCUGUUCCAACUGAUGAGCGAGGGCAACAACCACUGAAGUAUAAGACCGGGCCUCGCAGCACUCUGCAUUCCCUACCGAUGGCGCCGAAACUUCCACCACGAAUUGAAACAUUUGAACCUGGAGACAACGACGCUCUCCGCAUCCCAGACGCCAUCAUUCACGACGAUGGGAGUCCUCAGCAGCAGCAGCAACAAAGGGAGGAAGCAUUUUUCCGUGAACUUUAUCAACAAAAAGACACCGUCAAACGUGGUGGUCAUGCACUUCGCCACAUCCUAGAAGCUGCUGAUCGUCUCUCGAAGGCAAAACCACAGCAUCGUCUAGCUGCAUUGGGUACCAGCACCCAAAUCGGACAAAGUCAAUCAACUGGAGCACUGGCUGGCGCGAUUUCAGAGCUCAAACUCAGCAAGAAGCCUGGAAAGAGUCCUUACAGUGUGGUUCAGCGAAUACGCGAUGGCGAUGGU